CCCACCAGCUCGCUAGGGGCGCCUCAAUCGCAAUCACCACCGCUUCCUUUGCUCUGCUCUGAGCUGCGAGGAGACGAGACGGGAACACUGUUUCAAAUCAUCCCAGGAGGCCAGGAGCGCGGGAGGAAGACGAUGGAGGCGGAGUACCACCGCGAGGAGAUGAUGGUGGCGGAGGAGGAGGGGUGGCAGACGCCGAGGCGCGAGGACUGCCGCAUCCCCGUGGUGCCCCCGUGCCCGGCGGCGCCGCCGAGGAAGAAGGCGGUCCCGCUGCCGGAGCUCGGAGGCGGUAGGAGGCGCCAGCCGCCCAAGGGCGGCUACUUCCAGCCCCCGGACCUCGAGUCCCUGUUCGUGCUCGCGCCGCCGCGGAGGCAUGCGGCCUCCAGCUGCGCCUGAAUUUGCGUAAGCACCGUCGGCCGCCGUGGAGCUGGUGAACAAGCGACGGAAGGUAGCGUAGGGAUGCAGCGGCAGCGGCAGCACAUCUUGCCUUUGGGUUUUUGGGGAGAAGAUGGGUGUGCAAACAUUUGCCGCGGGUGCUUUUGUGCGUGUGAUCCUGCUAGGACGUAGGUGUUGGUUAGGAGUGGAGUGGUUUGGUUGGUAGAUGUGCAGCCAGUGUAUGCGGUCUGUACGUGUAUGUAAAAUUUGUAGAUGUUGAUGGAAGUCGAGUUCGAAAGAUGUCCUCCUCAAGCUAA